CCAAGGGGAAAUGUUCGGAGCUUACGGCCGCCGUUGGAUGACGUUCCCUGUCUGUGGAAGUAUGUGGAUCGAACGACCAUCAACGUCGUGGACGGCGUUAGCACGAAGGAGCUCGGUAUUUCCCGGCGUUCAACGGCCGGAUAUUCCAUACUUCCUCUGAAACCUGGAGAACCGCGGCACUUUCGAGGGGCCGGCAAAGUGCUCCUAGACCGCGACCCUCUUCUACAUUUUCCCCUCGAGCUGUAUCUCGCAUUCACAGCGCAACCUCAUCGCAUGGGAUGACGAUACGAGUAUCGGCCGGGAGCAGAAUAGACACAUGCGUCACACGCUGAGGUGUGGACACACACCGACAGGUCACACGAACUACUGUGUGCACUGUUUCCAGAAUCUCGCAUUCGAC